CUCGAAAAAAAAAAAAAAAAAAAAAAAAAAAAAAAAAAAAACGGAUUUCUGUUCUUAAUCUCUUAAUUCCAUUGUUUCUUCUUUCCCGCCCAUUUCUUAAUUUCUUUCCAAUUUGUUUGAAGUGAUUUUUUUGUUGUUGAAUUGAACAGGGAGUUUGGUUAUGGGUGGCGGUGAUGGUGGUGGUGGUGGUGGUGGUGGAGUGGUGGAAGUGAUAAAGAGCAAGGGUUGCUCUCGGCUGCUGGUCGGGCUUUCGCCGCCAUUGAAUUCGUUCAAAGGUCUACAACCGGUUAAGCCGAUGUCUCCUGCUGCAUCUUCCUCCGUUGCCUCCGACCGGUCGGCGGUCCGCUCCGGUGCGCCCUUUCUUGGCCUCGUUAUCUGCGUCACCGGUCUUUCCAAAGAAGCAAGGAAACAAGUUAUGGAAGCAACGGAGAGAUUAGGUGGGCAGUAUAGCCCUAAUUUACAUCCACAAUGUACACAUUUGGUGGUUGAAAAUUUCGGCGGGCGCAAGUUUGAGCAUGCUUUGAAGCAUGGAGCAAGAAAUGGUCUCUUCAUUGUUACGCUUGGAUGGUUUGUAGAUAGCGUAAGGAAAAAUGCUAGGCUUAGUGAAUCGUUUUAUAAAGUCAAAAGCUUUGGAGAAAAUGCGAUGCCUUUGGAUGAAUUGAACAGACUCACCGGGUUUUCUGGUGCUGAAAACUCUUGCUUUCCUGUUGGAGUUCGCACAGCAGAAGAGCUGAAUGUGCGGUUUCCUGGGAAACAAUCUGAUAGGUGUUAUGACUCUACUCUAUCUGGUCAGUCCAUGUAUGUUGACUUAGAUAUUUCAGCUGAACUUAGGAAUAAGGUUAUUGAGGCAGCUAGUAGAGAAGGUGCCACGUUUGUAGAUAAGUGGUUUGUUGGUUGCCAUGCCAGCCACGUUGUAUGUGAAGGGUCUUCUAUCAGGAGAUAUCUUGGCCACACUAGUAAUCUUGUUACGCCACUAUGGGUUCUGAAAACAGCCAAGGAGAAGUAUGUCCAAAGGCUCGUGCAUAUGUCGGCUGAUUUGGCUAGGCAGGUCAAUUUAAUGGUUGAAGAUUUUCAUAGUGGAAUUGCAGAGGAAGCAGAGGAGGUGGUGAAAACAAGAGAUAUCCCUGAAGAUGCUCCAAGUUUUAGAAAUAAAUUAAACUAUGAAGAAAGGCAACAGAUUGCCAAUUCUGCAAAAAUUGGCGUCAGAAAUCGUCGUGCUCGUCGCAUGCAGACCUUUCAAACGCCAAUGCGUCCUAUAACUCCUACCAGCCUUCUGGAUUCAAUUUGCUGGUCAAUCUCUGAGCCAACUUCUACUGCUUCUAUUUACACGGACUCUUUCAGUAGUGAAGGUAUGAGUGAACAUCAUACACCUCAAUUUUUUGAUGCAAAAGGAAACGCCAAAGAUUCAGAAGCUUCCUUUGCAAACUUUACCCGGCCGCUUACAGAAAGUGAAAAAUCUGAAGUUAUAUUCAGGAACAAUUUUCUUACUAUACUAUUUCCUGUUGACCGAUUUGCUGAGGUAGGGCCAUCUUCAAGAACUUUUUUCAGUGAUGAUGGCUUUACGUGCUUGCGGGUGUUGGAUCACAUAUAUGCAUUUUAUCAGGAAAACAUGUCGGUUAAUGAAACAGAGGCUGCAAUCCACACCGACUCGAAGCACGCUGACAGGCUCCGAUCAGUCUACUCCAGCAGAGAAACAGCAGAUCGUGGUUACGUGAUCUUCAAACGGUUUAACUUUUUGGGAAGUCGGAGGAGUUUUGAGAUGUUGAAGCGUGUUAGCGGGGAAAAUAACAGUAAUGUAUAUGAGCUGUUGAUCAGAGCGUGAGAUCUCCAUAUCAGCGUCGGAUGACUUCCCUCUCGGAGACCGUGGAGCAUAUAACUCACUGUUUACUGUUCAGAAAAAUUCAAGGAGAACAAUGUUCUCUCUCGUAUUAUACAAAGUAGCAUUAGAUUUGUCUGUUGCGUUUGUCGUGCACAUUUGGCUUGAAUGUGUCAGAUUUUUUUUUUAAUUUUUUUAAUUUAUUUUUUUUCUAAUUCAAGAGCUUGUUAACUCAUGUGGCUGGGGAAGAGCCGCUUUUGCUCCUCCCUCCUCCCGACCCACAUUUGAAGGAAGUGCCUUCCCACUUAUUGCGGUUUUGGGUCCUUUGUACAUUUUAUACACAAUUGGUCUUACGAAACGUUAUAUAUCAGAUGGCUUGGCGGGCUAUUAU